UUUCUCCGCUUGCAGAAUUCACGCGGAGGCACGCCGAGCACGCGGUUCGCCAGACGUUCUGGGACGGAAGCGGGAUGGCGUCCGACGACAUCGAGACGCAGGAAACACGAGAGACGGAGGAGACGGCCGAGGAGGACCUGAGGAUCUUCGAGACGCUCCGUAUCUCCUCGCCUCGGAAGGUGGACCCAGAUGACGCUAUGACUCACGAUUUAACGACUACUUUGAGGAGCGAGCUGGCGGCUCUUGAAUAUAAACGGGAUAGGCUUAUGUCUGAGUUACAGGAAAUGAAAAGCACCGUGAGAUCGCGGGACCAGCGGGUUGUGGAGUUACAAGUAGAGGCGGAUCAGCUUCGCGAGCAAGCAGCCAGGCAGAAUGCCGUCAUCUCCAGUCUCAAGAAACGCAUUCAGGAGUUGGAAGAGAGGGAAAGAAACCUCUAUGCGUCCCAGGGCAGAAAUGAGAUCACGAUACAGGGUCUGCAACGUGACGUGAAGUACCACGAGGAAAAGGUCCGAGAGUAUGACAAAAAAAUUCGACAAUUGGAGCACAAUAUAUCCGAGGAAAUUCAAUUGAAGGAACGGGCACGUCUAAAUCUGCAGGAUUUCGUGCGGAGAUUGGCACAUGCAUUGAACGUUGAGUACUGCGACACGGUGCAUCACAGUCCGGAGAUGGUGAUUCAUAAAGCCGAAGAACUCGUGCAAGAAGUGAAUCGUUUGAGAACAAAGAGCACAAACGUCGAGACGCAGUUGACGGGCGUCGAAGUAGAUUUUAGAACCUGUAGGGACGCUCUUGAUCGCUCCACUACGGAAAAGGAGCAAUUACAGAGACAAGUGUCAGUUCAGUUAGUCGACAUAGAUCGUUUGCGCCAGGAAAAGGAAUGUCUGGAAAUGCAAUAUAGGGUCGCUGAGAAGGACAUGAAUGAUUUGAGAGACAAGCUGGUCAAUGCGAAUAGGAGCUUAACCAGCGCGACGGGGAAUAUAUCCAAUCAAGAGGCGUUGAUCUGUCAAUUACGAGAGGAUCUGAAAGUCCGCGAAGAGAAGACGCAACGUGUACAAAAUGAAUUCCGUCAUCUUCUAGAGUCGGUUGCGAUUCUUAUCAGUACACCAAAUCGAUUCGUCGAGUCUCACGAAAAUGCGAUCAAAGAUCGCAUUCGAGAAAUUCUAGCUGACAAUAAGGAUCAGUUACUGAAAAUACAAAGUCUUCGAGAAAAAGUGAACACGGCGAUGGAAUCAACGAAUCGACAGAGUGAACUGGUCGAAUCCACAAUGAUGAAGGUACGCAGUCUAGAGGAGGAACGCGCAGCUCAAGAAGCUAAAAUACACAAACUCGAAUCUGAACUCACGAGCAGCGAUCUCUCCAGAGAGUCUUUACGCAGAGACAAGCAGACGUUCAUGACCUUUCUGGAUCGAUUGGGUAAGGCGAUGCAAAUGGAUGAGAUCUCUCAGGAGAUCGGACUCGAUCUUCAAACUGAGUCAUUGUUGGUGCGAGCCGAGCAACUAGCCAGAUUGGAGACCGACAAACUAGUCGACAAGUAUUUGUACUCCAGCUACACGAUCUUACCGAGGAUUCGGCGCGAGCGAUCAUUCCACGAGCUUUCCUGUCUCAAAGAAACAUCAGUUGUUUAUCAGUUGCAACGUCGUGUUCGAACCCUACGGGAGCAACUGCAGCGUAGGGACCUGCAUUUGGACCUUCUACGUAGGAAGCUAUCUCUACAAGAGGACAGUGUGAGAAUGAAGUCGCUAUUGCAGAGCGAGCGGGACGAGGCGAAUAUACGCGCAAGAAAGCUGGGAAAACAAGUCGAUCGACUUCAGAUCCAAUUGUCGGACGAAAAAUCGCGGAAUCGGGAGUUGAGCGCACAAUUGACAGAAGCUGCGGAUUAUAAGAUAGCUGCGCUGGAACGCAGCCGGAAAAUAGAGGAGCUUCAAAAACGUCUCGUCGAGAGCGAGAUGUUGAGGACACGUUACAACAGAAAGUUGACGAUGGCGAAGGAACAGAUGAGGACGACCGCGGAGACAGCCGAUCAGGAGAGAUCGAUAAACGACCAUUCCCUACAGCUCCUCCGCGACGAGAUGGCUCAGGUCAAGCAAAAUCUCUCCGAGGUCACGAGGCGAGAAUCCCAGCUUCAGAGCUUCCGCGUCUCCGUGGCGAAGUUAUUGUCAGAGCCAAUCUGUACGCCCGAUUACGAGAUCAUUUCGCGGCUACAGAAAAUGGUCGCGGCUCAUCGAGACUUUACGAUGCUCUCCCGUAGAUACGACGAGCCUUUGGAAACGAGUCCUUCGAGAUGCACCAGCAUUCAUCCAGUCCAUCCGCCGAGAUCGCCCGGUUCACGUUGUACCCGUUACGAGGACAGCGGUUUCGCGGACCCACCUGAUCUCCACGACAUAGACGACGAUUACAACAAAAGGCCAGUGAGAAGCAGCCUUCUUCCGUGACACCGGCCAAAGUUCAAGUUUUAAGUAUUCCCGGAGGACAUUGUACGAUCCCUAUAUUCAAUCCACGUACUAAAUGGUGACCUCAAGUUUCCGAUCUCAUGUAGGUGAAUAACGUCGCGAGUGGGAAAACUAUUCCUCGCACAUGUGUCGUAAAGCGUUGCGUUUAUUUUGCGUAAACGAACGUCUUGUACGAAGAGGACCAUUUUUUUAUCGACCAUCGUCGGUUUAUGAAUUAGACAACAGGCACGCUAUGAGAUCGCUCGCACGUCGAUCGAGCGUUCUCGAUGGCUCGCCCCAGCAUCGAUUCCGAUGGAGUAAGCAUUGAGAAAUAUAACCAUCGAUCCGUGUUAUUACAAGGGAAUGGAAGAGGAAAUCGACUCAACGCGUUCGCAUGAAAUCGCAAUUUCGCACUAAUUAUUAACCGGCAAGCGUGAGAAAUUUACAACGGGUCGUGUGAAAGUGCGAUAAACCGAACGUAUAGAGCAUUGGCUGUCGUGAACGAAAAUCGUCAAAAGUGUUCAGUGAAAAUCACGCGACUUAACUGUCGCGUAGCUAUAUCUUAAGAUAAUUUAUUUGGAAGUAUUUACGAGCUGGCCGUAUGGCGUAGACUUUGAUUUAUACACGCGAAUAAAAUAGCUAUUAUAUACGUCGCUCCCGAAAAAAUCACCUGGAUGUGCCACUUGAAGCAAACAACAUUCAUUAAUGUGUAUCAAGAAUGAAACCGUAUCGAAUAAGACUAGUCAAGUGUGU